UUUUUAUAAUUUGUUUAACAGAUCGCUUGAAUUGCUCUUUUAUAUAGGCGAGAUUAUGUAGACAUUUAACAUUUACUUGCUAAGCUUAAAACAAGUUUCUGCUUAAAAAAUUAUUGAAUUUUAAUAAUAGUUGCAUUUAAUAGCUUGAUUUAGUUAUACAUACAGAUGAAGCAUUUUGGAAAAUUUAAAAAAAAAAAAAAAUUUUUAAUUUUUCAUUUUUAAUUUUUUUUCAAUUUUCACUUUUACAAUAUUUUGUGCAUUUUAUUUGAAAAACUUUGAAGAUUAAAAGUGAAUUAAAGGUGAAAAUCCAAAAAAAUAAAAAAAAAGAAGAAAAUGAAUUUUAUUACCGGUUUUAUGACGUUAUUUAUUACUUUAAUUAAAUUUAAUUUAAUAGUGAAUACACAAGAAAUGCAAGAAUAUGAUUUAAUUAAGAAUGCAAGUGAAACUAAUAAUGAUAAUAAAAACAACAAUAACAACAACAACAACAACAAGAAUUAUUAUUGGCCUCCAAUUUAUAAUUCGGAAACAAUUGAAUUGGAAAAUAUUUUAUUGAAACAAUUAGAACGUGGUUGUAGUCCUCAUUUCAUUAAAAACCAAUCAUCUAUAUUAAAUACAACCCAGGACAUUAUUAAUAAUUUAUCAAUGACAUCAUCAUCAUCAUCAACACCAUUCUUUAUGAUAUCAGAAACAGAAAAUCGUGAAAAAAUUAAUGAUCCAUAUCCAACGAAAUUUGUUCAUAUUCCAACAGGUCAAAUACUUGAUUUAGAUUUUGAAUGCGAUGAUUGUCCAAAUAGUAAAAUUACAUUAAAUGGAAUAUCAUAUGAUACAUUAAAUUUUGAAUGUAAAACAUUAUGCAUUUUUACAGCAAAAAAAUCACAUGUUGAUUCUUGUCGUAAAGCACAAAUGUAUAAAAUUGGUAUAAAAAUUCAAAAUAAAUUUUAUAAAUUAUUAGAAUCAUGUCAUCAUUUAGAAUUAGCAUCAAAUAUAACAUAUGAUGCACAAACAUUAAUGUGGAAAUUGGGAAAAUUUUCAAGAACAAUUCAAAAUGAAAAAAUUAUUUGUCAGCCUAAAUGUAUGCCAAUAUGUAGAGAAUUAAAAAAUAAUACUGAAGAAUUAAUAUUAGAAAAUCAAAGUGAUACAAAAGAAAUGGUGAAUGAAAAAUAUGCAAAAGAAUUUAUGGAAAAUUUUUGUUUAAGAAAUAUUGGAAAAAAAAUUAUGAAUAUUGAAGAAAUUAUAUGUAAAGAGAAACAAAAUAGUAGUAAUAAUUUAAAAUUAAAUAAUUAUGGAAUUUUGAUAUUAAUUAUAAAAUUUUUAUUAUGGAAUUGAAUUUGAUUCAGUGGGAUAUUUAGUAAAAAUAAA